UAUCGUAAAGCAAGUAUGUUUGUCUCAACGCGGAUCGUUACCAUAGCAACAGUGAAAAUGGCAACAACUAUGGCGGCCGGAGAAGAACGUGCUGCUUCUGAGGUUCUGAGAGCGCUUGCUCGACAUCUAAACUGUCUCAACGAAGACAGCAAAACCACAAGAAAACGAGCGCUUGAAGCAAUCAAAAGAGAAACUAUUGAUAAAGGGCUUUCGAGCGGCGUGUUGCAGGAGGUUUUCACGUGUCUGCUGAAGUCGCUCCUGAAAUGCCUGUCAGAUCCUAUGGAAAGAUGCAGAGAGACUGCCAUACACAUGCUUGGAGAUUUUAUUCGGUGUGUUCCUCAACCGGAGGAUUCGUUGCCUUAUCUCAUGCCCGCUUUGACGCAGCGGCUCGGCGGGAAAGAGAUCCUGGAGCCCGCGGAGGAACUUAGGCUGUCCAUGGUGGAGGUUCUGACUCUCACAGUGGAGGUGUGUGGCAGGCACCUAGCUCCCUACCUCGACGAUAUGAUGAAGAUAUUACAGAGAACUAUUGUCGACCCUUUCCCAGACGUCAAAAGGGAGAGUUGCAAAUGCACUGUUCAUUUUGCAAAAAGUGUGCCAGAACAUUUCCACAUGCAGGCAGAGAGCCUGGUCAAGCCCCUGAUGCAGACCAUCUCCCAUCAGCAUUCCCGUGUGCGUGUGUCCACCAUCGAGGCCACUGGAGCGGUCAUCCAGUACGGCACGGGGAAGAACGUGGACGAUGUGCUCUCUCACCUGGCACAGAGGCUGUUUGACGACUCACCACAGGUGAGAAAAGCUGUGACUGUGGUUGUUGGUGACUGGCUGCUCCACCUGCGAGACAGAUACUCCUACUUCCACAAGCUCAUCCCCCUCCUACUGAGCAGCCUCAGCGAUGACAUCCCAGAGAUUAGUCAACGAGCUGCUGACCUGUGGAGGCAGACAGGCGCUCUGUGGGAGCAGGAGAAUGAGGAUGACCUGAAGGACAAGAUGGACUUCCUCCUGACCCCACCUGACCUCUACCCUGCUGGAGUGGCGCGUCCGGGCCUGGGCUGCAGGGAGCUGGUGGUGAGGAACCUGUCCAACCUGCUGCCGGCGCUGGCCCGCGACGUGGUUGACUGGGUGGCGGGCACGCGGGUCAAGACGGCCCAGCUGCUGUAUGCCCUGCUGCUGCACGCUGAGGACCACUGCACCCAGCACCUGCAGCUGCUGCUCUCCACGCUGUACCGCGCCUGCAACGACCCCGAGAGCGACGUGGUCACCAAC